CUCGCGAACGGCAGGAGUUUAAAGCCUCCGGUGUCAUUACGAAAGUCAGUUCAUUAGUCAGGUCGACUGUCCACUGAGGAGGACUUGCUCUCAGUUUUCAGUUCAGGUGGACCUUUUUACACCUCCACUAACAGGAUGUCUCCGUCCACGUCCCCCCGCUUCUUCACGGAGAGGGAGGUAGCCCGCCACUGCACCAAGGAGUCCUGCUGGGUGCUGAUGGGGACCAGGGUUUACGACGUGACAGCCUUCUUGCGGAUGCACCCGGGUGGGGAGGCACUAAUACGCAGCCGCUCCGGCAAGGACGUGCGCCAGGUGAUGGAGGGACCCCCACACCGGCACUCGGAAAACGCCCGGCGGUGGAUGGAGCAGUACUACAUCGGGGAACUGAACAGAGACAGCGUCACCGGCGAGGCACAGACUCUGAGAGCGAGAAAUAAAGCCAAUAAACAGACCGAAGGAGAAAGGGCACAGCAGACGACAGAGGCGAAAGACGAGGAUGAGCGCGACCCAUACAGCCUCUGCAGCUCUGUGGACCUCGAUAAGGAUUUGGUGGACUGGCGGAAGCCCCUGGCAUGGCAGGUGGGCCACCUCAGAGAGAAAUAUGAUGCGUGGGUACACCAACCAGUUGACAGACCUAUCAGACUGUUUGGAAACCCCAUCAUGGAGGCCAUCACUAAAACUUCUUGGUAUUGGGUACCUAUUGUGUGGCUCCCUAUUGUGUUUUAUCUGAGCUGGCACUGCUAUACCACCCUGGCACAGGGCACCACCAGGCUAGCCCUCUCUUCAGGCUUCUCUAUCCCUAUCCACAAGUACUUUUUCCCAGUCCUCUUUAUGAUGGGCUGGUUCUUGUGGUCAUUCAUCGAGUACUGCAUCCAUCGCUUCGUCUUUCACAUGAAUCCACCAGCUCAUAACUACUACCUCAUCACGCUACACUUCCUCCUGCAUGGACAGCACCAUAAGUCUCCGUUUGACGGCUCUCGGCUGGUCUUCCCUCCCGGCCUCGCCUCCUUAGUAGUGGCGGUCUUCUACAUGUCCAUCCAUUGCGUGCUCCCAGACAUCCUCGGAGUAUGCGUGUUUGUCGGUGGGCUGGGCGGCUACGUCGUAUACGAUAUGAUCCACUACUACCUUCACUAUGGCUCUCCAAAGAAAGGCUCAUAUCUGUACAGCCUGAAGGCCUACCACGUCAAACACCACUUCGAGCACCAGAGAUCAGGUUUCGGGAUCACCACCACAUUCUGGGACCACCCCUUCAACACAACCAUCCCUGAUGAAAAAUUCUGACAUGGAAACGGCUCCCCCGAAGGGCCACAGGACUUGUCAACCACCCUCUUUUAGCCCCCAGCCUGCCUUCUCCAACCAUCCCAACUCCUUAUUUACAUCUCUGCAGCCAUAUAACUUCCACAGACUAGGAGGAACUUCAGGGCCACUGCAUCCAGUCCAUUAAUACUCUGUGUAACACAUUAACCAGCACCACAAUAUUACCUUAAGCUCAGUCACCUGGGUGUGUGUCAACCUGCCUGCACUAUUUACUCACUGUGAUCAUUUCCACUAAGAUGUGAGGGCUUUCAGUGCCAUUUUUUCCUUCUACUACUACUUCUUCUGUUUUCAUUUAAGAAAUCUGCCCCCUGUGCUUUACCAACACCAACCUAUCACCUGAUCACCACUCAGAAUGUCGCCGCAUACAGCUGGGAGGUGGCCGUGGAGAGAAAAAUCUCUUUUGUGAUGCAUGUGGUCAAUUUGAAUUAGAUUUAAUCUUUUAGUCUAAAAUCAUACAGGGGGACAACUGUGAUUAAAAUUACUAAUCUGACAGCACAAUGCUCACACAGCUCACAAACGCACACUGUUCAAGAGGUAACAGGAAGUGAUAGAUGGUAGGUGAAUGUUGAAGACGGGUGGAGCGGAGGGGGUGAGAGAUGAUUAGAAAGAGUGCAUGUGAGAGAGAAAGUGUGACAGAGAUUGAGAGAGAGUACGCUAACUAUUUAAUCUACUGAGGAAAAAGGCUUCUUCCCGCCUUCGCAUCAUCUACAGCUUACAUAUUCCUCGUCACUGUCACUUUUCUCUGCUACGCUGCUAUAAACUGUUGCGCUGCUAACAAAUCACAAAAGUUCCCUCCACCACAUUUGGGUUCGCUUGAUUUAAGAAGCAGCCGUGCCUGGAAAACCUUCAGUUUCACAUUUGUUUUUGCUGAGAUACGUUUAACUUAUUAUCACCAAAUCUGCAGGAGUGAGUUUAUACUGUAGGAGGCUAAUUCCAUGUACUGUUAAUGUGAUGUAAAAGCAGAGUUCAGAAUGUCUGAAACCCCUGUGGAGAUAUAUUUUUGCAAGUCUGUAAUAUUUCCAUCUUUUUAUUUUUUUCCUCAUUAAUAAUUCAACAAAGAUGUAAAAAUAAUAUUUUGUAUGAAGCUUUGUACAGUAGAGGAGAUUCUUUAAUCGCACAGUCUUCAUUUUGUCAGGUUGACUAUAUGUUAGAGAGUGAGUGUGGUU